CAAAAAUGAGAAACUCAUGGCUCAAAAUGUCUCAUAAAUCAAGAAAUUAACUCAAAUUCAAUCGUGAAUGUGAUCAUGGCCUCCUCGGUAAUUAGAGCUUCAACAUGUCUGUGUUCUUUGUCGUCAACGACCACAAAACCGAUCAUUUUCAACAAUCUAUCUUCUUCUCGUUUUUCUUCUUCUUCUUCUGUAAGUUUGAAUCCCAAAACCGCAAGACUUCAACUUUGUCUCGGACCCUUUUCACCAUGGAGUGGUUUGAAGCAUCUGGGUGUGUCAGUAACUUGGAGAUCUUUGAAAUUUGAGAAGAAGAAGUGUAAAGAUAGGGUGGCUUAUGCAUCUCUCUUUGGAGUUGGAGCUCCUGAGGCUCUGGUGAUUGGUGUGGUCGCUUUGCUGGUUUUCGGUCCCAAAGGUCUGGCUGAGGUUGCACGGAGUUUAGGGAAGACAUUGCGAGCUUUUCAACCUACCAUUAGAGAACUUCAGGAAGUUUCUAGGGAAUUCAAGAGCACUCUCGAAAAGGAGAUUGGUUUGGAUGAAAUUUCGAGUUCAACGCCAGAAGUAGACAAAACCACCAACCCUCCUCCCAGCCUUAAAUCAAUUUUCAGUAACCAGAUGGCUGCUGACCCCAAUGGCAGUUCAUCCCAAAACAAUGCUUACACCAGUGAGGAGUACUUAAAAGUUACAGAAGAGCAGCUAAAAGCAGCCGCUGCCCAACAGCAGGGACAGACACCGUCUCAAUCAGUUAGCCAGCUCGAAGCUCAGACUAUCUCUCAAGACAGCGUUUCCUCUGCAGGUGGCGCAUAUACCACGGAGGUGAACUUAGAAACUGGAGAUCAGCAACCGAAAGCAGCUAGUUCCCAAGACCAAGAGCAGGGGCAGAAAUCAUCUCCAGCAGCUACUGUUAAGGAAACUGCUAGUUGAAAAUCCCAUCAGCACCACAACCUAAAAUCAAAGUUUGAAGCCUUUUCAAGAAGAUCAAAAGUCUAAAGAUAUUCAUUGCUAGCCAGUCCAUCUCUAUUUUUCUUUUUUCUUUUUUUUUCUUUUUUGUGCAUCGCGGUGGCUAGAUACGAGACCUCACAAGAACAUGAAGAAAAAGCUGAAGAAAUGUCGACAUCUCGGAUUGUUGUCUCUUUGCAAUUUUAGUUUAGAGCCGUUGAGAGUUUGUUAGAGAUUCUGUAUUUCAUGAGCAUAGUCAUGACAAAAGUUUAGGGUGCUCUCGAAUCCAUUUGUGGUACACAAUUAUUCUUCCCAUAAUGAUUCAGAAAUAUAGAUGCUUUGGAUCUUCA